AUGAGCACCACUCCUCAAAAUGGCACCCUACAGGCAGAUGUGUUGUCAAAAAUCAUCUGUACACAACCCUCCAACCCUCCACCCUCCACCACAGACCCUAACGCAUCAAAGAGAGUUUGCUUCUACAAGAGCGAUGACCCCGAGUUUUCUGCAAAACAGAUAAUCAUCAGCAGUCGUACAUUCAGGACAUUUGAUGCCCUGUUGGAUGCCCUCUCUAAGAAAGUGCCUUUAACCUUUGGGGUACGUACCAUCACAACCCCUCGAGGCACACACACGAUUCGCAGGUUAGACGACCUGUGGGAUGGGGCCUCUUAUGUGUGUUCAGACCAAAAAAGGGCCAAGCCCCUGAACCUAAAGGUGGUCAGCAAGAGUCAGGUCCCCUGGAGCACUGCCAGACAUACUAGCCCAGGACACAGACAACUGAUUCGGCAACUGGUGAAACAAUGCAAAACAGACAAGAUGGACAAAAUGACUGAAAACAAUGUGUGGAGUCCUAAAAGGCUGCUGGUUUUUAAAAACAGGGAUCCCAGCACUAAGCACACAGUUGUUCUGCAGAGAAGGACAGCUCCAACUUUUAGUGCCCUGUUGGAUUACAUUUCCCGGGUGAUGCACUUCCGAGUUGUAAAGCUAUACACAGCUGAUGGCAAAAGAGUUAAUAGUCUGCCUGCCCUUAUCCUGUGCUCUGGGGUGAUGGUAGCAGCUGGUAAUGAACCUUUCAGGGUGGCUAACUACAGUCUCCAAAAAUCAUCACAACUCUCACGGUCAACCGUACCUAAAUCUCCAAGGCCUGCGACAACAGAGUCAGUGCCCUCUGGUAUUAGAUCGAGACGUAGAAAUUUCUCUUUGUCAUCCGAGAGAUACUUUGUAAAUAAGAUAAAUAUGUCACUAAAUGGAGGUCUGUCACAUGACAAUGGCCAGAAAGCAGGAUCAGUGAAGACAAAUAUCACCCAACCAUCGCAAUUGAAGGAAAUGGGGAUAUGUGACAGUUUGACUGGCAGAAUGGAAAGGGAUCACUUCAUUAUGCCCUCAGAGAAUGACAUUGAGAAGUCUUUUCAUGUGAAUCAAGAUGGCAGCAUGACAAUUGAGAUGAAGGUUCAUCUCCAUGUAAACCAAGAAGAGAUGAUUGGCUGGACCACCACACUGAGCCGGGCCUGUGUUAACAGCCAGCAGAGGGCAGUGUGCUCACAACCAGUCUCAGGCUAUGACUCCCAAGGUUAUGAUUAUGAUGCAGUAAAAAAGGCAAAGACACACAGCUCUGACUCUGAAGGAGAUAAUACUGCUAAACCAAUGAAAGUUGAUGAGGAACGAGAGGAUCACUGUGAAAGUGCCAUCUCAGAGGCCUUGGUAAUACCAAAAGCGGUUUUCAGGAGGCUGCCCACUCCAGGACCCAAAUGUGUCAAAAGGAAAGAGGGUUUAGGGGAGAAAAUAAAAAGAGCACCAGGAAGUGAGGUGCAGCAGAGCACAGUAGGUGCAUACUCAGACGUGGAGCACACAGCAGAAGAAGAGCUAACAAAAGGGCUCUGUGUGGUCAGUCAUAGUUCUGGCAGCACGAAGCCUGUAAUAAGACCCAGGAAGAAGAGCUCAGCAGAGGCCAAGCACAGAAACUCUGGCUCUACCCUUAGGUCCGUGGGGAUGGCUGAAGUCCUUCAACUGAGGAACAAUGGGAGAGAGAGUACAGAGACUGUUAUGAACAUCCAUCAGUCAGAGAGUACGUAUGAAAACGAUUUGAGAAAUGCUCAGGUGGCAACUGAUAAAAAGUUUGGAUGUAGAAUUAUAUCAAAAAAUUCCCAUAAGCCAGACUCACCAGAUUCAGGGCCUCAUUCUUCAAAGAAUGAUUGGGAUAUUAAUCUCAUUAGAAAAUCAUUAGAAAAAAGUUCUGAUUCUCAGAAUAAGUCUAAAAAGUCAAAGAAAGAUAAAUGGGUUGGUCAAUUACCAAAUAUCAACUGUUGUGAUCAAAAAGAGAAAGAUAUUAAUCUAGAUGAUACAACUGCUCAGCAGUCUGCUAAGAAAGUAAACACAUUUGACUGUAACAAACUCAAGGGCUCAUCACAAAAUGCCUUUCCCAGCUUCACAAAGAAAAUAUUAAAUGUUCUGCCACCAGCCUACUUAUCACCUUUCAAGAAACGGGCAAAGCAAAGGUCUGUGACUGAGCGCACAGAGUUGUGUGAAGGCAUUUCCAGACCAGUGCUGCAUUCAUCACUCUCCAAUGUCCAUCAGUAUGUGAAAAACUGGCUGGAAAAACUCCAGCGACCUUACAAUACUGAGUAUGAAUCUAGAAGUGUGUUCCAGAUCAGAAGUGAUGAGCAAGAGAGUUGCCUACCCAAGCUUUUAGAGGCAUUGGUUUCUAUCAAGCCUGAUACAGAGGGUGAGACACAGAGUACAGAAGUAAACGCCAGGUCAGGUAUGAUACCCAUUUUGGAGCACCUAUGUUUAUCUAUACAGUCUAUCAAAAGAGCAUCCAGUCAUUCUUGCCUAACAUCUCUGGAGCAGGAGAUGCCCAGUAGUCUUCCCGACAUGCCAUCUCAGGCAGUCUCUGCUUUCGGUUCUUCAUGUAAAGUCCUUCUCUUCUUCCUGUCAGUGAUGAUUAUGAGAGAUGUCAUCUUCAGUACUGGCAAUGAAGACCGAGUUAGUGACUGGAGCAGCUAUCCAGAGGCUCUGCAGGUGAUGCAGUCCUUAGAAAAAAUAUCCAAAACAGAGGAUGAGGAAGAGUUGAAAGCUGGCCUGUCAAGUCUUCUAAGCUCAACCUCUUCUCAGUUAAAGAAGAGAUGGAGAGAUUUUCAAGACAAAAAUGACAUAGAGAGAUAUGUACGACAAUCACCAAGACACUCCGAGAAAGAGUUUGGUCUAGAGGUGGGAUCAGAAGGGGAGAAUCAGGCUAAUGAGGAUCAUUUUCUUUUAAAAGAGGUAAUGCAUGAACUUAAAAUGUCUGAGAUUUUCUAUCUUGUUGAGGAGGAGCUGGCAAACGUGCAUCAUCUAAAACCAGCCAAAGACCAUUCUCGAAUUAAUAUAACCUCUGAAACUGGUUGUGUGAAUGAGGAUGGCACUAUGAAAGAUGAUUCAGGAGGUUUCUUAGAUAAAGUGAGUGGCUAUUCAAAGAUGAAGGAAAGCCCAGAUGAAAUCUCCAAGACUAAGAAAGCAGGUGUACCGGAGUUUGAGGAAUUACAUUCAGUGCAAUUUUGUCCCCCUGAUUCACCACUCCUGGAAACAUACCUGGUUAAAGGAAAAUCAAAUUUCAAAACUUCAAAGAAGUUAUCAGAAAACAUGAACAAUGUCCAGGCAACUGCAAAAAAGUGUAGAGACGAUAAUACAACCCAAGUAGAUGAGCAUGAGGUUCCCUAUCAUAACGAAACUGAGGAGAAGAAAGAAAAUCAAGAAAAUGUAGUCUGUAUACAAUCUGAAUCUGAAAGUGUAGUAGCUCAACUCCAUGUUCACACAUCAGAAAUAGAAACAAUUAGCUUUUCAGGGAAGGAUUCUGGAGUGAAUGAUGACCAAGACAUUGACACUAUAAGAGACCAUGAUAUAAAAAGUGACAGUUUAGAAGAACAUGUCAUAAAUGCAGAGGACAAAGUCACCUAUCAGGAAACCAGGCAAUAUACUGAACAGCCAGAUACAAUAACAAUUGGUUCAGAAUCAGAUGAUGUAGAAGCACAUCACCACUCUAAUAAGCCAGAUAGUGGAGAAGAGCACAGGGAUAAAUGUAAGGAUGCGUAUGAGGAUAUUCAACCUCAUCACCCAGAGGCAAGCCUAGAGGACUGUGAGUCUGACUCAGAGGCUCAAGCUCAUCACCCAGAGCCAAGCCUAGAGGACUGUGAGUCUGAGGCUAGAUAUAAGAACUUGGUCCUAGAAUUAUUUCACAAUCACUGGCAUCAUAACAUACCUACUGAGGAUGACGAUACUGAUGAGGAUACCAAAAACAGGUCAGCAUCUUGUAAACGCAGAGAAUCAGAUGCUGAAUAUGAGCGCAGGCAGGCGCUCCAGACAUUAGAUGAGGAAAGUCUCAUUGAGAAGACCAGCUCUCCUGGGACAGAAGAUGAAGAAGCUAAUGAACAUGUGAAAGAACUGCACAUUUCUUUAGACAAUGACCAGGAUGUAGAUGGUCAUCACGCUCACAGAGUAGACCUUGAAACUGCUGACUCUAUAAGGAGGGAGUUAUACAACACAAUACAGAGUCAGGAGACUGAAAAAUAUAAAGCCCAGACAGAAUACAGAAUGGCAGCAGCUUCUGGAGAUCAUGGCUGUAAUUGUGUGCAUCCUAUAGUGAUCCCCCAGGAGCUGCUAGACUUUGUUAGUUUAGCUCUGUUGUCCUCUGCCCUUACUUUCACAUAUGACUCAAAUGGCCAUCUGAGAAUAGAGCCACACAGGUGUAAACUCAGAGAAAUGUCUUUAGCCAUAAGGAAUGUAGACCAUCAAAAUGUUCAGAGAUGUCUUCCUACCCCCAACACAUCUGACCUCUCUGAUUACAGGCCCGAGACAUCAGACAGUGGUGGAGACCUGUCACAGGUCUCCACAGAUCUUCUGACUGAGAGUGGAGAGGAGGAAGCUGAGAGGUUAUGGAUUUACCAAAGUAACAUGACGCGAGGUCCUGAGGAAUUCAGGAGCUGUACUAAAGCACUAGAUAAUGGCUCUGUGAAACCUCACCCAGCGACUGACAUAAAAAUUACAGCUAGUCCUCGUUUAAACAGCAUCAACAGUCUUGCCUCAAUUGAUGACUCUGUGAGCCAUACUACUGUACAGGAGUUGACGUACAUCAAAAGUUCAGGCUCAUUUGAAACAGAUUACCCUGUACAGAAUCUUGCAUCUCAUACAGUAGGAAACUCCAGUGCAGGAAUCCUGAUAGAUAAGGGCAGAUGGCUCCUUAAAGAAAAUCAUCUUAUUCGUAAGUCUCCUCCUGAUCCGUUGGGAAUGUAUGAAAAUGCGGACACCACAUCCACUGACACAGGUCAAGAAAAUACAACUGAGGAGGCCUCCUAUCCAUCAUAUGAGAGCCAGCACCCUCCAUUAGCUGUUAUAUCCUCAUCAGAGCUGGAGGAGAUGACAAAGCCUCACACACCCAAGUGUACAUACUUCAACAUGCUUCACAGUAGUGACUCUGAUCACUUUCUGGAUAACCAGAGUGUUUCUAGUAAUAAAGGAGGAGACAGAAUUAGGAAAAGCUGGGAACUCAAAGUUUCUCCAAUGGGUGAGAGCUCACAAAUGUUGGCAAAGAAAAGUGGAAGUCUCCCCUCAUUUGCAUCAGUUGAUUUCAAACUGGCUGAUGGGAAAGUCCAUCCAGAGUUUGGUGUGUCUGGUGCUGUGGAGAAGUCUCCCAGGUCACAGAGCUUAAGCAACAGAGCACCACCAGAGGAGGACCCAAUAGAUGGUCUUAAUUUCAGAUGUUGCCAGCACUGCACAAUACUGUAG